GAGAUUGGGAGGCCAUCAGUGUGAGCUGCUGUCCCCCUGCACCCUGAACCCCUGUGAGCAUGGGGGCCACUGCGAGUCUGCCCCUGGCCAGCUGACUGUCUGCUCCUGUCCCUCUGGCUGGCAAGGCCCACGAUGCCAGCAGGAUGUGGAUGAAUGUGCUGGCCCCUCACCCUGCGGCCCUCAUGGUUCCUGUGCCAACCUGGAGGGGAGUUUCAGCUGCACCUGCCACGGGGGGUACACUGGCCCUUCCUGUGAUCAGGACAUUGAUGACUGUGGCCCCAACCCGUGCCUGAAUGGCGGCUCAUGUCAGGAUGGGGUGGGCUCCUUUUCCUGCUCCUGCCUUCCGGGCUUCGCUGGCCCACGCUGCGCCCGCGAUGUGGAUGAAUGCCUGAGCAGCCCCUGCGGCCCGGGCACCUGCACCGACCACGUGGCUUCCUUCACUUGCACCUGCCCACCGGGCUAUGGGGGCUUCCACUGCGAGAGGAACCUGCCCGACUGCAGCCCCAGCUCCUGCUUCAAUGGUGGGACCUGCGUGGACGGCGUGAACUCGUUCAGCUGCCGGUGCCGCCCCGGCUACACGGGCGCCCACUGCCAACAUGAGGCCGACCCCUGCCUCUCGCGGCCCUGCCUGCACGGGGGCGUCUGCAGCGCGGCCCAGCCCGGCUACCGCUGCGCCUGCCCGGAGGGCUUCACCCGCACCCAGUGCCAGACGCUGGUCGACGGGUGCAGCCGCGCGUCCUGCCAGAACGGGGGUCGCUGUGUCCAGACCGGGGCUUAUUGCCUUUGUCCCCCGGGCUGGAGCGGCCGCCUCUGUGACAUCCGAAGCCUGCCCUGCAGGGAGGCCGCAGCCCAGAUCGGGAUGUUGAGUGAUGUGUGCAAUGGGGCCAGAAAGAGGGGAGAGGGUGUCGCCGCCUCUGUGCCUGAUGCCCGUGUCCUCUUCUCAGGGCCCUGCCGGCAUGGGGGCACCUGCCGCGGCUACAUGGGGGGCUAUGUGUGCGAGUGUCCGGCUGGCUACACUGGUGACGACUGUGAGGACGACGUGGACGAGUGUGUCUCCCAGCCCUGCCAGCGCGGGGGCUCCUGCAUUGACCUCAUGGCUCGAUAUCUCUGCUCCUGUCACCCUGGGACGCUGGGCGUGCUCUGCGAGAUUAAUGAGGACGACUGUGGCCCAGGCCCUCCCCUGGACUCAGGCCCCCGCUGCCUACACAAUGGCACUUGUGUGGACCUGGUGGGUGGCUUCCGCUGCUCCUGUCCCCCAGGGUACACCGGUAUGCGCUGCGAGGCUGACAUCAACGAGUGUCGCUCGGGUGCCUGUCCCUGCAGGACCCAGGUGGGGGCUCCCGCUGCCUUUGCCAUGCUGGCUUCACAGGUCCCUGCUGUCAGACUGUGUGGCCUCUGGGAGAAGAGUGGGGGCGUGGCCUCCGGGGAGGGCGUGGCUUUAGGGGAGCAGGGCCCCAUGUACGAGAAGUACUGCGCUGACCACUUCGCCGACGGCCGCUGCGACCAGGGCUGCAACAUGGAAGAGUGUGGCUGGGACGGGCUGGACUGUGCCGGCGAGGUGCCAGCCCUGCUGGCCCGCGGGGUGCUGGUGCUCACGGUGCUGCUGCCGCCCGAGGAGCUGCUGCGCUCCAGCGCCGACUUCCUGCAGCGGCUCAGCGCCAUCCUGCGCACGUCGCUGCGCUUCCGCCUGGACGCGCACGGCCAGGCCAUGGUCUUCCCGUACCACCGGCCCAGUCCUGGCUCCGAACCCCGGGCUCGGCGGGAGCUGGCCCCUGAGGUGAUCCGGGUCUCCGAGGAGCCGCGGUGUCCGCGCGCAGCCUGCCAGGCCAAGCGGGGGGACAAGCGCUGCGACCGCGAGUGCAACAGCCCUGGCUGUGGCUGGGACGGCGGCGACUGCUCGCUGAGCGUGGGCGACCCCUGGCGGCAGUGCGAGGCGCUGCAGUGCUGGCGCCUCUUCAACAACAGCCGCUGCGACCCCGCCUGCAGCUCGCCCGCCUGCCUCUAUGACAACUUCGACUGCCACGCCGGUGGCCGNCUUGGAGACAUGGUGGGUGGAGAUGGCUCUUCUGAGCCUGGCUUGAUGCUGGAGAUUGACAACUGGCUCUGCCUGCAGUCGCCUGAGAAUGACCACUGUUUCCCGGAUGCCCAGAGCACGGCUGACUAUCUGGGAGCAUUGUCAGCCGUGGAGCGCCUGGACUUCCCGUACCCACUGCGGGACGUGCGCG